AUGGAAGAAAGUAAAAGAAACUUAGUAGAUGAAGACGCUAAAGCUUCUCUAGACAUAUGGAGAUAUGCCUUCGGUAUUGUAGAUAUGGCAGCUGCAAAGUGUGCCAUCGAUCUUAAGAUACCUGAAGCCAUUGAAAACCAUCCUUCCUCACAGCCCAUAACACUAGCCGAGCUCUGCUCCACAAUAUCUGCCUCUCCGACACAUCUGCUCCGUAUAAUGAGGUUUCUUGUGCACCAAGGAGUCUUUAAGGAAGUCCCCACAGAAGAUGGCCUAACCACAGGCUACACUAACACACCACUCUCUCGCCGCAUGAUGAUCACAAAACGUGACGGCAAGUCUCUGGCUCCUAUGAUUCUCUUCCAAACAAGUCAGGAGAUGCUAGCUCCGUGGUUAAGACUGAGCUCAGUUGUCUCCUCUCCGGACAGUGGUUCGCAUCCGCCACCGUUUGAUGCGGUGCAUGGUAAGGAUGUGUGGGGUUUGACAGAGGAUAAUCCGUGCUUUGGCGAGAUGAUCAAUGAGGCCAUGGCUUGUGACGCAAGGCGCGUGGUGCCACGUGUCGCACGAGCUUGUCACGAUUUGUUUGACGGCGUGGCUACGGUGGUGGACGUAGGAGGUGGUAACGGAGAGGCGAUGGGAAUAUUGGUGAAGGAGUUUCCUUGGAUCAAAGGAAUUAACUUUGAUCUUCCUCAUGUCAUCGAAGGUGCUCAAAUCUUGGAUGGUGUAGAGAAUGUUGGAGGCAACAUGUUUGAUUCCGUUCCAAAAUGUGACGCUGUCUUCAUUAAGUGGGUGUUACACGAUUGGGGAGACAAAGAUUGCAUAAAAAUAUUGAAGAAUUGCAAAGAAGCAAAUAUCGGAAAAAUAUUUAUAGUGGAAUCUGUAAUCAAAGAGAAGAAAAAUACGAAGAUGAUGGAAGAAAGAGAUAAGAAGUUAGAGGAAGUCAGAUUGAUUCUUGAUGUGGCGAUGAUGACUCACACAACCACAGGCAAAGAACGGACUUUGAAAGAGUGGGACUUUGUUAUUAACGAAGCUGGUUUUGCUCGAUAUGAAGUUAGGGACAUUGAUGAUUUUCAUUGUGUUAUCAUCGCGUAUCGGUCUUAAGGA